AAACGUUACGUUUAUUUAGUCAUGUACCGACGCUUGAAGUGUCAAUAGUUGAUUUACCCAUAAUCGAAUCGAUUUCUACGAAACGGAAUCUGCACCGUAAAGGUCACUCCGUUUUAUUGUUCGUUUGGCUAUUGAAAGGUGCAUUACACAUAAGAAAUGAAAGGUGCUCUCCAUCUCCUGAGAGUAACAAAACUGCAGUACCAUUAUUUGCAUCAUCCCGAGCAUCUUCCGGAACAACAUAUAGACCGACAUAAAUAGAUACUUCUGUUGGACGGAAGUAAAUAACAGAAGAUCAUGCUACGAAUUUUUAAAAUUGUUGUUUUUAUGAUGAUGCAGGAAAUCACAUCUCUCGUUAUCUUGCAAAGUAUCGCAACAAAAGACCCCAUUACCAACGAGACAAUGUACGCUGACUAUCCGUACCUUCGGGAGCUGAACAUGAGUCAUCAAAGGAACUUCGAAUUUCCCAACAAGAAGGUUUUGCUGAUUCACCACCGCCUUUCGGCGUUCAUUUGCAAUAACUGUGGAGUGAAUUCCAUCUACAACGAAACUUUUUCGAAACUGCCACAUCUUACGUUGAUAGAGCUGAAAAAUAAUUUCAUGGAAUACGUACACCCCGACGCUUUCAUGCAUAAUACCCGACUGGAUAAAAUUGAUUUUUCCGGAAACAAACUGGUCACAUUGAACCCGGAGGCUACCCUGCGACAUAUUUCAUCCUUAUCAAUAGUGAAUUUCAGUCAAAAUCCGCGGAUGGACAUAAACCUAGUGAAACUGGCAAGCGACAGACUAAUGAUCUUGAGCUGCAACUAUUGUGCAACGACCUUCCUGGAUCGAAACACGUUCGCUGACAUGCCGAGAAUUUCCCAGAUCAACUUGAAGGAGAACUCAAUUGAGCAUAUCUUCUAUGAUGCACUAGAGUCAUUGCAGAAUGUGAAAACUUUGACCAUCGAUGGAAAUCGCAAUCUGAAAAUCUUGAGCCUUGCGUCCAAAACACUGAAAAGGCUGAGCGCCGAGAACUGUGCUCUGGAAGGGACGCUACAGACUUCAAAUUUGCCCGCCCUGAGUAGCGUCAACGUGCGAGGGAACCAACUGACACAUAUUGACGAAAUCGGACUCGUGACACACCAGAGAAUUACCAGUUUGCUACUGGAUGAUAAUAAACUCGAGAAAAUUCCGGACAAACUUAUAAAGAUGCCAGAAUUGCAGCGCUUGUGCCUGGAUCGAAAUCUGCUCCAGCCAUACAAGCAUACCCAGGAAACUCUGGCGGUUUAUAAAAUGAGGGCUUUACGCCAGAACUGCACCCAAAGUGACGAUUUUUCUCACUACUUUGAAUACCAUCUUCCGAGUGACAAUGGUACUGCCGUGUAUAGGAAGAAACCGGUGCACAGUGUUGCCAACAAUGGUUCCACGAUUGAUCUGUCUGGAAGGAAUAUUGUUUUUAUUGAAUAUGAUUACCUCAUCGACUAUGAGGGGGUGAAAAAACUAAAUUUCAAUAACAAUUAUAGGUUUGAUUUCAAGGAGUCGAUGAUUUUUCUCGAAAGCCGUACGAUCGAAGAUCUUUUAAUGAUAAACUGUGCAAUCACUGCCCUCUACCAUACUACUUUUGAAAAACUCCCAAACCUAAAAUCGGUACAUCUUCAAGGCAAACAUAACCCUCAAUUAACCUACAUCAAUUUAGCCAGAAAUGAGCUUCGUUUUAUAUCGGAUACGGUAUUCCAAGACUUGCCCAAGUUGCAGACACUCAUUCUGAAUGAAAACACAAAUCUGACCAACACUGUCAUGCCUAGUUUUCCUUACAGCAACUCAUUGCGUUACCUUAGCUGUGCAAACUGUUCUUUUGAACGACUGGACAGUCAGACAUUGAAGUUGUUGCCGAACUUGCGCACGUUGAACCUUCAGAAAAAUCCCCUGAACUCCUUUGACAUUGAUCUGCUAGACCGAGUGGAAACCUUUUGUGUGGAGGACACACUUCUCGAUGGUGCAUUUUUGAAUGAACUUGAAAGUCAGAUUCCAGUAGUAACCAAGCUGGAGCACCUUUGUGAAGAGCAUAGGCUUUCGGAGCGGUUGAGUAGAAACUAUGAAAGCAAAUCGUUUUCGUCGAUGACGAAGAUGAUCCACGAGAGUAACCUAUUAGAAUGGGCUUCUCAGGUAUCAGCAGAAUCGGGGACCAGCCUCAAAACGCCAUUGUUGGUGAUGUUUUUGGGGCUUGCAUGCCUUUGUUGUGUCGUUAUGCUGUCUGUACUAGCGUACGCAGCCUUUUCUUCUUCCUCACACAAUUUUCCUAACAAAAUCAAGGUACUUCGUUUGCUCGGGCUUGAUUUACAGGAGUAAGAAAAAGGAAAAUGCUGCGUACACUAGCGACUGUGUGGACACAUCUUGUUUUUUUUUCGUGCAACUGUAAACAAUUUUAUUCAUUAAACUGUCUUCUUUCUUAAUUCAAUUAAAUUUAAA